AUGAAGAAGAAUAAUGGAUCAGAGAGAGAGAGUAGAAAGGCAAAAGAAGAUCAGAAUGAGGGAAAGUUGUUCAACACUGUUAUAUCGAAUGGUGGUGGUGGGGUUAAAGAGGAGUAUGUAUAUAGGACUAAAUCCAAAGAACGCAAAAUGUUGGCGGAUUUUAGCAGCUUCCCACAGCUCACUGCGAUGUUGGCUUUCAGGGCAAGAAUGAGGAAGAAGAGCAAGAGUGGAAAUAGAAACAAGAGGAGGAAGAAGCAGCAAAUGAUACCUCUUUCUGUAGGUCCAAAUGCAAUGGUGGAAGAAACUGGGAGGAUAAGAAAAGUGUUGGAAACAAAACCAGCUAUGGUGUUUGAGAAUGAUGGGUCCCAGAGGCACCCAGAAUCUGCUAGUAGGUACAUUAGGGGUGCUUGCUUAGGCGCAACAAAUAGCUAA